AUGAAAACUGAAGUUUGUGAAGCAAAUAAGUCGAAUGAAUUAAAUAAGAGACUUGAAAUUAAUGGUCAUGAAAAUGCUAAAUCAAAAGAAUUAAAAGUUAUCAAUGAUAGUAUUAAAAGGCUUAAAAAUAGUAAUAUUGAACAGUUAGAAACACAAUUAGAAUACCUUAGUAAAAAAGUAACUGAUUUGGCUAAUGCAACCAAACCAGCUGAAAUGAAAGAUAUAACUGUUCAAGAGGUUUUAAUGAUGAAAAGUUUGUAUUGGUUAGUGAAGGAACUAGCAAAAGAAACUGAAGAGAAAGCUGAUUUAGCCUCGAUUAGUAAUUAUUUAGAAACAGAUUUACUUAGGGCAGACGAUCUCGAAAAUAUCUUUGAAAUUGAUGUUGACAUUUCUGAAAGAAAUUGCAGAUUAAUUACUGAACUAAGGACUUAUCUAAGUGAUAAAAGUGAAAUCUUGGAUUUUCCAAGUGAUACUACCGAUAAACAAGAUAAAUUAAAUUAUUACUUUACUCUUGACCCAGAAUACGUUAUUACUGCAUUAGUUACUUAUAAUGUUAAACACAAUGCAAAUAAUAUAAAAAAAGAAGAACUUCUUACUGAAAUGAAAGAAAAAAAAGAUGGUGACAAACCAUUGGAUAUUUUCCCGACUUUAUGA